ACACGUGUCCCGCAGACCGCUUCAAGUGUCACAAUAAUCGUUGUAUCCCCAUGCGCUGGCUGUGUGACGGAGACAAUGACUGCGGUAAUGAUGAGGACGAGUCCAACACCACAUGCUCAGCUCGAACGUGUCCUCCAAACCAGUACUCGUGUGCCAGCGGCCGCUGUAUACCAAUCGCAUGGACAUGUGACCUGGAUGAUGACUGCGGUGACCGCUCGGAUGAGCCUGCGUCCUGCGCAUACCCUACGUGUUUCCCGCUCACUCAGUUCACAUGUAAUAACGGACGCUGCAUCAACAUCAACUGGCGCUGUGAUAACGAAAAGGAUUGUGGGGACGGCUCUGAUGAGUUCAAUUGUCCGAACCCGACCGACAAUGACUGUGGUGAUAACAGCGAUGAAGCCGGCUGCAGUCAUUCAUGCUCCAGCGCGCAGUUUAAAUGCAACAGCGGCCGCUGCAUUCCCGACUACUGGACAUGUGACGGAGACAAUGACUGCGGCGAUUACAGCGACGAGACUCACGCCAACUGCACUAACCAGGCGACCCGUCCUCCUGGCGGCUGUCACACAGAUGAGUUCCAGUGUCGUAUGGAUGGCAUGUGCAUUGCUCUCCGCUGGCGUUGCGAUGGAGACACAGACUGCAUGGAUCUGAGCGAUGAGAAGAACUGCGAGGGUGUAACGCACAUGUGCGAUCCAGCGGUGAAGUUUGGCUGCAGGGACUCCGCACGGUGUAUCAGUAAGGCAUGGGUGUGUGAUGGAGACAGUGAUUGUGAAGAUAACUCUGAUGAAGAGAACUGCGAGGCUCUGGUGUGUAAACUCUCCCAUCACGUGUGUGCUAAUGACACCAGCAUCUGCCUGCCCGCUGAUAAACUGUGUGACGGAAAAGACGAUUGUCCCGACGGCUCUGAUGAGAAACUCUGCGACCUGUGCUCUCUGGACAAUGGAGAUUGCAGCCAUAACUGUACUGUGGCACCGGGUGAGGGCAUUCUGUGCUCGUGUCCGCUGGGAAUGGAACUGAGCUCUGAUAACAAGACGUGUCAGAUCCAGGGCUUCUGUGCCAAACACCUGAAGUGCAGCCAGCGUUGUGAACAAGACAAGUUCAACGUAAAGUGCUCCUGCUAUGAUGGCUGGACCCUCGAACCUGACAUGGAGAGCUGCAUGAGCACAGGUGAGAAAUAAUAGAGAAUACAGCUUGCAUAAAAAUCUGACACAAUG